GCAAAGCGAAAGCGCGUUCGUUCCUCUUCUUCCUCGUCUCGGAACAAUCUUACUGUCAUCGACGCUGCCGACUCUUUUCUUUUCUUCAACUCUCUCCAAUUUCGCACUCCGUAUUUUGAAAAUUUAGCAAUGGAGGUGUUUUAUUACAUGGUCUUUGGGGGUUUAGGAUUGAUUGUGGCAGCUUUGGAGUUGAGUAAGAACAACAAAGAUCGAGUUACCACUUCUCAAGCUUUUACUUCCUUCAAGAACAAUUAUCUUCUUGUUUAUUCUCUCAUGAUGGCUGGGGACUGGCUGCAGGGUCCCUAUGUGUACUACCUGUACACAACAUAUGGCUACGGGAAGGGAGAUAUCGGGCAGCUAUUUAUUGCUGGCUUUGGAUCUUCCAUGCUCUUUGGCACAAUCGUAGGCUCUCUAGCUGAUAAACAGGGUCGGAAGCGGGCAUGUGUGACAUACUGCAUCACUUACAUACUUAGUUGCAUGACUAAGCAUUCUCCUCAUUAUAAGGUUCUGCUGUUGGGUCGUAUUUUGGGUGGCGUUGCUACCUCUCUCCUCUUUUCAGCAUUUGAAUCGUGGCUUGUUGCCGAACACAACAAGAGAGGGUUUGAACAACAAUGGCUCUCUUUAACUUUCUCCAAGGCGAUAUUCCUGGGGAAUGGUCUGGUUGCUAUCAUCUCAGGGCUGUUUGGAAACUUUUUAGUUGAUGCUGUUAGUCUUGGCCCUGUGGCACCCUUCGAUGCUGCAGCAUGUAUUCUUGCAAUUGGAAUGGCCAUUAUACUAUCCUCAUGGGGUGAGAACUAUGGAGACCCUUCAGAGAACAAGGACUUGCUUUCCCAGUUCAAGGGUGCUGCUGUAGCAAUUGCUUCAGAUGAGAAAAUUGCAUUGCUGGGAGCUAUACAGUCUCUAUUCGAAGGGUCAAUGUACACCUUUGUUUUCCUAUGGACUCCUGCCUUAAGUCCAAAUGAUGAGGAGAUUCCACAUGGUUUUAUUUUUGCCACAUUCAUGUUGGCCUCGAUGUUGGGAAGUUCAUUUGCAUCUCGACUGAUGGCCCGCUCAUCACCUAGAGUUGAGAGCUACAUGCAGAUCGUGUUUUUGGUGUCUGCAGCAUCCCUUUUGCUUCCUAUAGUGACUAAUUUCUUCAUAGCUCCUCCUGAGGUGAAAAGUGGAGGCAUCUCAUUGGGAGGAUGUGUUCAACUUCUUGGCUUUUGUACUUUUGAGGCUUGUGUUGGAAUCUUUUGGCCAUCCAUCAUGAAGAUGAGGUCCCAAUACAUUCCUGAGGAGGCCAGAAGCACAAUCAUGAACUUCUUCCGGAUUCCUCUGAAUAUAUUCGUCUGCGUUGUGCUCUACAAUGUGAAUGCAUUCCCUAUAACGAUCAUGUUUGGAAUGUGCUCCAUCUUCCUUUUUGUGGCUUCGGUGCUGCAGAGGCGAUUACUGGUUAUAACAGAUAAGCCAAAGUCGGAAAACUGGACAUCACUGAAAGAGAGAGAUGUUGAGACGGAGCCACUAAAUGAUGCUUAGUACCAACCAACAUAGAAUUGUCAAUAGUUAUACGAGGUUCAAAACAACUUGGAACACUUAGUUUAUUGGCACAGAUCCAUGAGGAACCAAUCGUCCGCCUGGCUACACAAAAGAUAGUUUAUUGGCACAGAUCCAAAAGGACUCUCGUCCCCAAAUCGCCUUCUUUUUCAUGAUGUAAUUUUUGCUACUGUUUUCGUAAUUUUGUCGAGCUGUACAAGCAUUUGUUUAAGAUCGUAUUUUUGUCCAACAACUUUGGUCUUUAGUGUGAUUCAAGUGUGAACAAUACAUAUAUAUGAUUCUUUUAGAACAUCACUUGUCUCGGAUAAAAAAGGUGUUUGCAGUGCUUGUAGUUUGGAAAUGGUACAGCUGUUCAAUUUUGUUGUAUACCAGAAUUAUAUUCAUAACGGAAGUUGAAGUUGUAUUGAUUGUUGAAAACACAAUUGUGGAA